AUGUCGACACAAACUCAAGGUGUCCAUGACUCCAGGGUGAAAUACAGCAGAGGGACCCAUGAGGAUGGAAGAGGAAGAGAGCAAAUCGAGGUGGAGAUGUUAGACGAUGGAGAGCAGAACCCUGCUGGUGGAUUACAAGAAGCUGAUGAACACACCCAGAGAAAGCUUCCAGCUGUGGACAGCAGCUGUUUCAGAGCGUUUGAAGUGACCCUGGGAGUGCUGUAUCUGCUGAUUCUGGCUGGAAUCUUAACACGCUAUGCUUUGAACAAGAGUGAAAACAACAAACUUCACUUCAAACACAAUAAACUGAACCACAGUUACAACGAGCUACAGACUGAACAUCAAGAGACAAAACGACUCAACAGUCAGUUACAGGAAGAAGUGAAGAAGCUGAAGGAGAAGAUAGAAGAGAAGUGUCCUGAAGGAUGGAUGAGGUUUGGAUGCAGCUGUUACUUUAAAUCCACUGAGAAGAAAACUUGGUCUGACAGCAGGAGAGCCUGUCAGGAUAAAGGAGCUGAUCUGGUGAUGAUAAACAGCAAAGAGGAACAGGAAUUUGUCAAUGAACUGAACCUGAGAGGAGAGUCCUGGAUUGGUCUGGAAGCCAAACAGACAUCAGGAGGAUAUGAAUGGGAAUGGGUGGACGGAUCAGCGCUGACAGAAACGUGA